AUGACUGCUGCCCUUGUCGCUGCUUCAGCCACUGGCCUUGAGCAAAAAUGCCUCAUACUUGAUGAGGAGAGGGUCAAAGUAGCAGCCUCUAAAGACCCUGUAUACCAGUUGUUGGUAGCUAAAGUGGCAGCAAAUGACUGGCGCCCACAGAAGGCACAGGAGUUGGCCUACCUACGUCAGUUCUACGCAGUUAGGGACAGGUUAUCUAUGGUAGAAGACCUGAUAGUCUACACUUAUGAGCAAGUAUGCCCACGUCUGCUCAUCCCAGAGGAACUUCGCCUUCAAGUCAUCACUGGCCUUCACGCAGGACAUAAGGGGGUGGACUCCAUGCUCCGCAGGCAGAGGCAAUCAGUUUACUGGCCAGGCAUGGAAGGUGACCUGCAGAGCCACAGGGAUGGAUGUGCCUCUUGUGAUAUACAUGCUCCAUCACAACCUGCUGAACCAUUAGUACUCACAGCACCCCCAGAAUACCCAUUCCAGUCAACAGUGGUGGACAUGCUACAGUUGGAGGGCCAUAUGUACAUGGCUCACCGGGUGGCUGGAAGUCGCACACUUUCCACAUGGUACAACGUCAUCAAGAAUCAUAUCAGUGUUGAGGACGUACUUCACAAGAUGGGGAGCACCAGAGCUAAUCUCGACAGAUGGGGCACAAACCUCAUUAGCAAAGAGACCACAUCAUUCUUCAGAAAAUGGGGGGUUACUGUACGCCUUUCGUCAGCCCAUUACCCCCAGUCCAAUGGAAGGGCUAAAGCAGCAGUCAAGACCGCCAAGAGGAUCAUCAGGGCAAAUAUAGGCAAAGGAGGUAGCCUUGAUUGCAACAAGGCAUCUCUGGCAAUUCUUCAGUACCAUCAACACCCCACUUCCCUUAAGGGGUUCGGACAAGUCACCAGACCCAGCUUGCCAUCGGUAGGCAGCUCAGAGAUGUAG